AUGAUUUUGAGGAGACUUACCAACUGGGCUUCUCUAGCCUUUCUAGGUAUUGCUUUGCUGUUAUUCUACAGAUACCCAUCUCCUUCUUCUCCUCAACAAAUGGCUGAAGAAACCCCCAAAACCAUCUAUGACUUCAUAGUCAAGGAUAUCGGUGGAAAUGAUGUACCUCUGAGCAAUUACAAUGGAAAGGUGGUUAUGAUUGUGAAUGUUGCUUCGAAAUGUGGCUUAACACAAUCGAACUACAAAGAAUUGAACAUUUUGUAUGAGAAAUACAAAGACCAAGGUUUUGAAAUUUUAGCAUUUCCUUGCAACCAGUUCGCUUGGCAAGAACCAGGAAGUAAUGAGCAGAUUCAGGAAACUGUAUGCACCAUGUUCAAAGCUGAGUUCCCAAUAUUUGCUAAGAUUGAGGUGAAUGGCAAGAAUGCAACACCCCUCUACAAGUUCUUAAAAUCAGAGAAAGGUGGGAUAUUGGGAGAUGGCAUCAAAUGGAACUUCACAAAGUUCUUAGUUAACAAAGAAGGGAAGAUUGUGGAGAGAUAUUCUCCUAGGACAUCACCUCUUCAAAUUGAGAAAGACAUACAAAAUCUGUUGGGAGCUUCUUGA